AUGACCAGCUUGUGGAAAGGCCGGCGCAGCUCCGACACCCCGGAGCAGGCUCGCCCUCAAAUCAGUCGCCGCCCCUCCAAGAAGAUCAUCGAGGACAUCGAGAAGGGCACUUCCCGCGCCGCUCGCAAGUUCGAAAGCGUGCGCCGCCGAGAGAGCGUAAAGCGCGAUCGGGCCAACCUCGAGACCAUCCUCUCUGUCGGCGAUCAGUUCGAACAGCAGCUCGACAAAGAGCUUCCCCCGCCCGGAGGUCCAGUCCGCCCGGCGUCCAACACCAAGCGCGGCUCGCCGCCCAGAGAAUCAGCUUCGAGUAGUCGCUCCCAGCACUCCAUCCAGCCCGAGUCGUCGUUCACGGCCUCACCGCCCCGCAGAGCGAAGCUUGAGCGAGCCACCGUCUCGGACACACACGCCCUACAGCAACACCAGUUCGACGGCCCAUCCGACAAGAAGCCAGUGCAACCCAAACGCAACAUGCUUCGCUAUUUCUUCGGUGGCGCCGCACAGCCUGAUCAGAAGCCCGACGCUGCCGACGAUGCCCCCCGCAGCGACUCGCUGGUCAGCGAGGCCGAGGAGCUGAGGAGACAGCUGAGCGAAAUGGAGAAGCAGCUGGAGAAGACCAACGACCAGCUGGGCGCUCGCGACGCUGAGGUCAGCACCCUGCAGCACCGCGCCGAGGAGCUCGCCGCCGACUACAAGAUCAAGGAGACUGCUCUCGUCCAGCAGAAGGCUGCGCUUGAGGAGCACAUGGUCAGCGUUGUCGUGCAGCAGAUCACCGACGCCCGCAAGGCCGAGAGGGAUUCCGUCAAGGAGGGCUGUGAGCAAGAGUAUCAGUCCAAGUUGGAUGCUAUCCAGCACGAGCACGAGGCCAAGAUCACCGCCCUCAUCCGCGACCACGACGUGACGAAGUCGUCCACCGAGAAGCUCAAGGCUGACUUGGAUUCUCAAAUCGAAAAGCUGAAGUCCGACCUGACUGAUGCUUCUGAUAAGCACCAAGCCGCCGAGACCAAGGCUUCGCAAGUUGAGUCGGAGCUCAAUGCUCUGCGUGAGGAGUCGGGGAAGGCUAUUGAGGAGGCCAACGCCGCGAAGGAGGCUAUCAAGGCCGAGCUGGAGGAAAAGCUCGCCUCUGUUGCCACUGAGCUCGCCGCCGCCCAGUCUGACCUGUCUGCUGCCCGCACCGAGGCUGCUGAGCACGCUCAGAAGCACGACACCCUGCAUGCCGAGUCAACCCGUCUUCAGGAGGAGGCCGCUGCCACAAGCGCCAAGCUUGACGAGCAGAUCAAGGCUCUUUCUGCCGAUCUCGAGGCCGCUAAGAACGACGCCGAGUCUGCUGGCACUGAGGCCGCCUCUGCUGCGACCAAGGCUCUCGAGGAAGCCCAGGCCGCGGCCGAAGCCCUGCAGAGCCAGAUCACCUCCCUGGAGGAGGAGCUUUCCGCUGUCAAGGCCAACUCUGAGAAGUUGGAGCAGGAGUAUGAGGCCCAGAAGGAAUCUGCUUCCGCUGCUGCCUCCGAGGCCCAGGCUCAGCUUGAGAACGGCGCCAAGGAUCUUGAUGAGCUGCGUCACAAGCUGAAUGAGGCCGAGGCUGGUCUUGCCGAGAAGCAGGCCACUCUUGAGAGCGUUCAGUCUGAGCUUUCCGACAAGAGUGUCGAGGUCGCCAGCCUCGUUGCUUCGCUCGAAACCGAGAGGAAUGCCCACGCCGAGACCAAGGGCACUCAUGAGUCUGAAGUUUCCGCGCACGCCGAGACGAAGGCUGCUCACGACGCUACUCAGGCCAAGAUCGCCGAACUUGAGGCUCAGCUUGCUAAGGCUGAGGAGUCUGUGACCGUCAUCGCUGACCUCGAGGCCAAGGUUGCCGCCCUGGAGGCUGCUAAGGCCGACGCUGAGGCCAAGGUGGCCGAGCUCGAGAGCCAGGUCGAGUCUGCUAGGGCCGACGCUGAGGCUGCCAACGCCAAGGUCUCUGAGCUUGAGGCCAGCAUCGCUGAGCUCGAGUCUGCUAAGACUGCUGCUGAGGCCAAGGUUUCCGAGCUUGAGGGCAAGAUUCCCGAGCUUGAGGCCAAGGUUGAGGAAGUCACCAAGGAGAUCGAGGGUCACGCUGCCGCCAAGACCGAGCUCGAGAGCAAGGUCGAGGAGCUGAACAAGACCAUCGAGGAACACGUCUCCAGCAAGUCUGACAUCGAGGCCAAGGUUGCCGAGCUCACCCAGGAAGUCGAAUCCCACGCUUCUGCCAAGUCCGAGCUCGAGAGCAAGGUUGAGGAACUCAACAAGGCUAUUGAGGAGCACACCGCCUCCAAGGCCGAGGUGCAGAUCAAGCUCGAUGAGCUCACCCAGGAGAUCGAGUCCAACAGCUCCAGCAAGUCUGAGCUCGAGGCUAAGAUCGAGGAGCUCAACAAGGCCGUUGACGAGCACACUUCCAGCAAGGCCGAAGUCGACGCUAAGGUUGAGGGGCUCACCAAGGAGAUCGAAACCCACACGUCCGGCAAGUCUGAGCUUGAGAGCAAGAUCGAAGCUCUUUCUCAGGAGGUUGAAUCCCACGCCAGCGCGAAGACCGAGCUUGAGGCCGCCCACAGCCAGACCAAGGCCGAUCUCGAGGCCGCUCAGGCCGAGCACACCGCCGCCAAGGAUCAGCUCACCUCGCUCGAGUCCCUGCUCAAGGAGGUCCAGGAGGCCAAGGAUGCUUCGGCUGCUACCAUCGCUGAGGUUGAGGAGAAGGCCAAGGCGGCCGAGGAGCGUUCCGCCGCUGCCGAAGAGGCUCUCAAGAAGGCGGAGGAGUCGCACGCGGAGGAGCUCACCGGCCUGAAGGCCGCUCAGGAGACCCAGGAGCAGCUUGAGAAGGACGUGGCCGCCGCCAACGAGGCCAAGGAGCAGCUCGAGAAGGACGUUACUGCUGCCAACGAGGCCAAGGCUGCUCUCGAGACCGAACUUGCCGAGGUCAAGGAGCAGGCUGGCCAGAUUGAACAGCUGAAGCAGGACAUUUCCGCCGCUGAGGCUGAGAAGAGCUCUCUCACUGAGAAGCUCGCCGAUGCCGAGUCUAAACAGCAGGAGGCCGAGAGCAAGGUCGAGGCCGCCGAGCAGGCCAAGUCUGAGGCCGACGCGAAGGUGCAGAAGGCCGAGGAGGAGGCUGAGGCCGCCACCGCCAAGAUCUCUGAGCUUGAGUCUCAGCUUUCGGCUGCUCAGGCCGAUGCUGCCAAGGUCGCUGAUCUCGAGUCCCAGCUCACCGCCGCCAACGAGGCCAAGGCGGCUGUCGAAAGCGAGGUUCAGACUCUCAAGGACGACGCUGCCACGGCUGCUGGCAAGCUUGAGUCGGCUGAGCAGGCCAAGUCGGACGCUGAGAAGAAGUUGGACACUGCGGAGGAGCAGAUCCAGAAGGCCGAUGCCGAGAAGGAGGCUCUUGAGGAGAAGCUUGACGCCAUGCAGGCGGCGCACGAGAAGCUUGCCAAGAAGUACGAGAACGUCAUGGAGGCCAAGGACAAGGCCGACGCCAGGCUGAAGGAGCUUGAGGGCAGUGCUUCGGAGGCGACGAACGGCGUCAGCGCCGAGGCCCCAGCUGAGGUUGCGGCGUAA